CUGCCGUGGGGUAGAGAUUUGAGAAACGGCAACCACCUGCAUACCUCGCAUCGGGAUCAUGACGGCGCUUGAGCGUGCUACAAUAUUGACAGAAAUUCUUGUUGAUGAGCCACCGCCGCCAGCACAUCUUCAUCUACGAUCUCGCCACGACCUCCACUGUACCCACCGCCCUUACACUGCUUCCCAGUCGGCCGCCCUGGGAAUCGACCACUCUGACCUAAAUGGAAAAGCUAGAAUCGUGUCUAGCCUGGAGCAACAUGUCUAGGAAGCUUGUACCACCCUAGAAAUUUUUUAUGGCCUUUUCUGGUCCUCAAAACCAUCGGGAUUGAUUGCGAGGUAUGCUCAUAGUCAGCCUACAUGGUUGUUAUGGAGGUGGGGGUUUCUGAAUUAAAAUGUCGCCUGCGCAUCCGGGACUUCGUGACCAGUACUUACAUCGGGUCAACCGCAACCAUUAUCUGUUGCUCGCUCUUGACAAACUGAUAUCCCUGCAUCAAAUUGAGGCACUACGGAU